AUGUCCCUCUCUAGUCAUUGUCGUUCUCGCCGUUGCCGAUCACGUUCUCUAGUUGCUAGAGCCACCAAAAAAGGGUGCAGUAAGCAACUUGGAGGUUCAGGAAGUAACAACCUUGUAGAUACUGCUAUAUUGCGUUCCUUUGCUGCAUCACCCUCCCAUAGACUCCUUCGCAGGUCAAAUCCUUUUUUUGUCGAAUCCAUUGAUGUAGAGAAUUCCAGUGCAGUGAAUUUACCUCUCCCUCUUCCAUCAUCCCCACGCAAUUGGGGCAAAUAUAAGAUUUAUGGUACCAAGCAUCAGAUUUUGGGUUCAUGCAGAGGGCUCAUACUUUUGCACAACAAGACGAGGUAUGAGAACUAUCUCAUUCUGUGGAAUCCAUCAACAGGUGUACACAAACGGUUAUCCAAUUUGAAAUUUGAUUCAACAGAGUAUUAUUUUCUAUAUGGUUUUGGGUAUGACCCAUCCACAGAUGACUACUUAAUAGUUCUUGUUGGAUUUUUGGAUGAAUUCGAUGAAGAGCCUUAUGGUGUGCCUAAUGUCCACAUUUUCUCCUUCAAAACCAAUUCGUGGGAAGAAGAUAGUGUCCGUGUUCCAAAUGAGAUUUUCCACGGUAAAUUCAGAUCAGGGUCUCUCUUGAAUGAGACUCUUCAUUGGUUGGUUUUAUGUAAGAAUCAAAAUGUCCCUGUGGUUGUUGCCUUUGAUCUGAUGCAAAGGACAGUGACUGAAAGUUGGAGUUUUUCACAGAUUCCUCUGCUGGAUCAUUAA